GCGUUGCAUGCUGGGAGGAAUGGACUAAGUGGGCGGUGGGGGCUGGGUCGGACCGAGGCGGGUUCUGUUGCUGCGGGCUUUGACAUGGAGUCCCCCUGAGGGCGGCCGCCCCGGGAGGCCCCAGAUAACACCCGCCUGGUCCCUGUGCGGAGCUACUCUGCGCCCGGCCAUGCCAGGCCCAGCCGCCCCUGCCGGAGGCCGGAGAUGGAACCCACUUCUCAGCCCUUUGCUGCUUCUCUGCCAAUCAGAUGGACCACUGAAUUGUAUAAGAUAUAAAUUAACCUUCUUCUAAAAGGAAUUAAACAAUGGAACCAGACAUAAUUCGGAUGUACUCUUCUUCCCCUCCGCCACUUGACAAUGGCGCUGAUGAUGAUGAUGAUGAAUUUGGGGAAUUUGGUGGAUUCUCUGGUGUUGGCACUUCUGGCGUAGGUUUUGCUGAUUUUGAUGCACCAGACUACAGUAAUUCAAAGGAGGAAUUUAUACCUACAAACCAUUUUAUGCCAAUUCAUGAUUACUCUGACAAUGGAGAUAGCCGUGCAACUUUUAACUCUGUUAAAAAUGGUAAAGUUAAAGACUGCACUGCAGAACUUCCUAAACCCGCUAAAGAACUCUCUGAUAUAUCAACUAAUACCAGCAAAGAAAAAUGUAAAUCUAGAACUUCAGGUACUUCCUUUGAUGUAAAUCUGGCAGAUGUAAAGAGAAUAGGGGAACAAAAAGAGAACAUUGGGAAAGCAGAGGGCUUCUCCUCUGAAAGCAUUAGAACUGAUAUGAAAGUUACAGGCCAGGACCAGCAAAUAGACACUUGUAAUGGUGAGAAACUCCCAUGUCUAGAGAUUCUAACAAAUGGUUUUGCAGCACUGGAUUCUGUAAAUCCUCAGGGAAUAGAAGAUCUGGACAGCGUCAGUGACUCAAAGGGACUAAAAACUACUAGCACUCAUAGCACUGAGUUAAGUUUAGACUCUUUGCCUAGCCCAGCUGAGGAUUUUGCAGAUUUUGCUGCAUUCUCAAACAAUGAAACAAUCCAUUUAGAAGAACCAGGACAUAAAAUAUGCAAAGUUUUUAAUGAAAGAGAAGCACUGAAUGUACAGGAAAACCAUAUAAUAAAUAGAGUGGCUCAACAAAGUAUUACAAAGGAAGUGUCUUCAGAUAGAAACUAUGAAUAUGAAGGAGAGACUUACACUGAAGAUGAGCAGGCUUGCAUUUCAGAAACCAGUUUAGUAGAUGAUGAAGUCGGUAGUAAUUGUGAGCAAGACCCUACAGCACUGGAACGUAAUGACUUCAUCAUUUGUAGCACACCUCAAACAACGGAAAUUUCAAUAGGCACUACUGAAAAUGCAGAAAACACUGGAAGGCGAAAAUAUUGUGACAUUGGGAACAGCAAAGAACUUGAUUUUUCUAGGGCUAAUGAUUCUUCAGAAACAGAAAGUAUCAACUUCACUAAAAUUCAAAACCCCACCACUGAUCCUGCAGAAGAAACUGAUUUGGGUGAUUCUGAAGAUGUAAAGAAUGGUGAAAGUAGCAUUGAAUUUCUGUCUUGUAGUGAUACAAAUGAAAAUGAUUUUUGCACAGUCAGUGGUGCAUCUCCUGCUUUUAUUAGCGAUACUCAAGAGUCAGUGAAUGAUUUAAGUUUAGAAGAAUCUUCUGAACAAUCUGCACACUUCAGUGAGCCAAGUGCUGAAUUUGGUGAUUUUAGGGAUAUAAGUAUUGUGUUAACUGUUGACAAACAAAGGUUAGGUCACUCUGAACUAAAUCAGACAUUAGAAUAUAGAGCUACCAAUAUGCUUUCUGACUUGGAAGUCCCACCUCUUGCUGAGUUGGAAAAUGGAGAGAAUAGUGAAUUUGGAGAGUUUGAUUCAGUGCCAAAACCUCAAGAUGAGUGCAGUGCUAUUCAGGACUCUGACGACUUUGCAGACUUUAGUUCAGCUGGUUGUAACGAAGCUGCAGAAUGGAAUGCUUUUGAAGAUGAACAGAAAGAAAGCUGUUGUUGGGCUGCUUUUGGAGAUGAACAAGCUGCUGAAUCUCAUUAUAGAAAAGAGACAUGGCAGUCACAUAGGACAGAUCCAUCUCUUAGUAUUGGCAGCCCAGUGACCCAUCAGACUGACGGUGUUGCGUUGGCAUCUUUAGAGGGAGCUGUCAGUCGGCAAGAAUCAGCACCUUCAAUUCAGACAACGUUGCUAAGCCGUUUGGAGCGAAUGUUUGAAGUUUGCUUUCCUUCCAUACCUGUUCUUGAAACAGAAGAAGAGAUAAUUUCCUUGAGCCUUUUUCUGGAAGCAAGCAACAAACAGAUGAGAACAGGGGAGACUUCCGCAAACAGUGGGGAACUUAUGGAAGUGUGGACAGAGCUGCAGGAUAUCCAUGAUUCGUAUGGAUUGAGAUAUCAGUGGGGUGGCUCCCACAGCAACAAAAAGCUUUUAUGCUCCUUGGGAAUCGACACAAGAAAUAUUCUCUUUACAGGCAACAAGAAGCAGCCUGUUAUUGUACCCAUGUAUGCAGCAGGACUGGGUAUGUUAGAGCCUACCAAGGAACCUCUGAAACCAAUAUCUGCUGCAGAAAAAAUAGCUUCCAUAGGACAGACUACCCCUGUAUCACCAGAGAUGAGCACAUGUACAUCUGAUCAGUUCCAGAAUACAUAGGAAGCAGAUUGGCCAGUAAAAGAAAUACCCUGAGUGUAGUCAUAAAAUGUCCAUUACUGGCAUGUGUGACUGUCUCCAACAUCUGUCAGUGGAACAUUCUGGAGCAUCUGAGUCAGUGGGACAUACUGAGGCAUCUAAAUCAUGAACAUGUCACCUCAGUUUUGCUCAGCACAGAUUCAGAGAAUGAGGUUCAAUCCAAACAUCCCUCAGAGUUCAGAUCAAGUAAAUUAAACCCCUCAGCUCCUUUGAUCAUGCAUCAGGCCCGUGACUUCUGAUUGAAAAAACAUCUGUAAUUCUAGUUCCAGUUGUUCUGGUGCUUAGUCAAGCCACUGGAUCGAGCACUUCACGUCUUAUUGAUCUCCAUUAGCUGCUUGUUCUACCUUGUUGACUUAGGAAUAACACAGAACUAUCAUGUCCUGCUGGUGGUGAACGUAUUUUUCGCUGUUGACUCCAUUCAGAACAGUCAGUACCGUGGGUGCUCCAAGUGCAUCUGUGUUUAUGCUUCUAUCUAGUUAUCUCUGUCUUUCUAUUCAGCACCAUCAGUAUCGAUACUGGCCAGAUUUGACUCUUGUUUCAGCAAUCAGUUCAUCCCCCAUCUAGGUUUGUUUGCAAGUCCUAUGGCAAGACUCAGCACCUCCGUUCCCCACUCUCUUCUCCUUCCCUUGACUCCCCUCUUUAAAAAAAAAAGUUGUCGUCUAGGGAUCUAUCUACAUUCCUCCCCAGUUUGAUCGAGUAUCUUCUACUUUGUAUUAUGGACAUCUGUUGACUACUUUGGUGGAGUCUGAAGUUGUUAUCCUCAUCUCAGCAUUCAGGAUAACUUUGUGCUUUCUUAGUUGCUUAAAGAAAUACCUGGUGAAGUUUGAUCUUCAAGAAUAGAGACCUGCUGUGAACUAGAUCUUUAGAGAGAAAAUUACCAGGUAUUCUUUUUUGAAGGUAUUUAUCACAGCAGAUCCACACAUACACCUCUUCCCCAUUGUGUUGGAGGUAAAAUGUAAUGACAGAAUAUAUUUUAUGCCUUUAGCUAUUAGCUGGCAUUCUGCUUUGAUUAAACUCAAUGAGAUGAGCUCUUAAAAGGUCCUGUUAAUUGCAUGAAGGGCCACUAGAACUGCUAGUGAUGACAGAUGCACGCUGCCCUGCUAUUGGCCACUGGCCAAAGACAGCUAUGGAACCCCCUUCAGUACAUGUGAAUGAUCCAAGAAUGAGAUCUAAGAACAAGAAUUACAGGUAAGAAAUUUCUUUGAGUAAGCGAUGGUAGGGCACUGGAUAAUUAAAUUCCAUAAAGUGUAAUAAAGUAGCUCUGAAGUACUGUUCUAGAAAGGAAGGCAGUAUUUGAAAAAACAAAGCAAGAACUCUUAUAUAGUAAAUUUUUUCCAGUGAAUACUUUUGUUUAUGAUCUGAUGUAUGAAUUGUACACAGUUGUAUAGUAAGUCUUUUCUUCCAGUUUUCCAAAAGUCUUGUUUACAGUGCUGUUUGUGGCAACAUUUAAAAGUUGCCAUUAUAUUUGUAUUGCCAGCUUGUUUUGCAACUUUAAGACAGCAAGAAUUCUUUCUGUUCAGACUUAAUCUCUUAAGUGGGUUAUUUGUAUGGGGACAAAUGUUUAAAUCUUAAACAGUAUCUUUUGAAUUAAAAAUGCUCCCACACAGUGAAACAGCAAUAAACUAUAUUUAUAGUGCUCUAGAAUGUAAUUGAAAAACUGUUCAUUUGUUAAACCAGAAAGCUAAAUAUUGCACAAUAAAACUAGGUUUUUCAAUUUCCUCUUCCUCACUUCCUUAGCAAACCUAAGGAUAAUUCUCUGACAAUUGCACCUACUCAGUUGUAUCUUUAAACCCCAACCUACAGUCCUAAUCUAAGGCUGAAAAAAGCCUACCCCUAUAAUCAGAUUUCUCAUACUUUUUGUUGGCACUUCUCAUUAGAGUAAAAACAUACUGUUGGGGAAAAUGGGGCCCCAGCACAGACCUGUCAGGGCUAUGGGAGAGGCGCCUAUCCCAUGGCCCGAGCCCUGGAGCUGCCGCAGCAGGGAGAGGUGUCCCUCCCCCGCAGCCCAGGUGCUGCUGCAGGGGGAGAGAGCUGGGGGGAGUCCUCUCUCACCGCCGUAGCGCCAGGGCAGCCUGCACCCCAAAGCCCACCCCCCGCCCCAGCCGGAGCUCUCAUCUCCUCUCCCCCCGCACCCUAACUCUCUGCCCCAGCCCAGAACCCCCUCCCACACUCUGAACCCCUUGGCCCCACCCUCACCACAUGAAUUUUGACUCAUCACCUCCAUAUGGGUGCAAAUAACAAAAUUCAUGUGGUGAGGGUGGGAAAAAUUAGAGGGAACACUGGUCCUGAAUCUAAAUACUUUAACAGAGACUUCCAAACUGUUUCCAGGGUGAUUGUGUGACUAAAUGGGGUCUGGUAGGAAACCAUUAAUCCAUGUUUUCACUUGUGAUUAAAGCCUGGAUUUGAGCUCAUUUCUCUCAAUGGAAGAAUGAGUUUCAGUCAUGAGUAUUUUUAGUGAAAGUCGUGGACAGGUCAUGGGGCCGUGAUUUUUUUUGUUUUUUGCCUGUUACCUAUCCAUGACUUUUACUAAAAAUACUCAUGAUUAAAUCAUAGCCUUACUCAUAAUAUACUGGGCAUGACUGUCAUAACUGUACCAGCUGCAGGUUCUGCAUCGGCACCAUUAUUUUUCUUUGCCACUAAUAGGAGUAUUUUCAAAUGCUAGUAUUUUCACUGAGAGUGAAUAAAAAUGAGAUGUGAUUAAAUCCUUAGACAUCAGGUUGUGAGGGACUGCUUAAAGCAUACUUAUCAGUACUGUAAACAUUGCAAAGGCAUUAGGAAGAAAAGAUUUCUCCAGGUAAAGCUUUUAUGAUAAGUAAAUACAGAACUUCCAUUCACUUCCUAUUUUUUGGUUUCCAGUAAUAUUUUUCAAGAAGCUAGAGGCUUCUUAAAAUUUACCUUUAUUGUAUGGAGCUGGUACUGACCCUCUACUUUGUGAAAUUGCACAACCUUUCAACAUUAAUUUGUUCCAACUUUAGAGAGCCCCCUUCUUACUGAAAUAGUCAGAAUGUGUCGUAAACUUUACUUGCAGGUUCUUAUAGGUUAACUCCAGUAAGACAUUCCAUAUUGAUUACCAAAAGUUACAGCUGUUCCUCCUAACUCAAGUAUAAUGAAACAAACAAAAUACAACGUACCAAACUUACAUAGUUCAGGCAGAUCCUUCCCAUUGUUUCUAAAAGCUAAUUUCACUGGGGAGCAGAAAUGUAACAAGCAAGGGCUACCUAUACCAAGUAUUUGUAAUGCUGCUCCUGUGGAUGUCCUCAGAAUACAAACCAUUUACAAGUUACACUACAAGUUGCCACUAGUUACCAGGAAGCUGACUAUAUCCUUCCUUUCCCCCCCUUACUUGUUCAUACUAUGUGAUCUCUGCAUCUUGCUUAACUUACUUAGGUGUGCAGAAGGAUUGAACAAAAGGAAAUGGAAAGCUAAGGAUACUCUCCCAGGAGGAGACACAUUUUCUAUUUUGAGUCUUGCUCCUGGAUUUUGUGCGUGUGUGUAAGUUCUGGCACCCCGUCUCUUUGUCGUCAGACAGAAAGUUUGGGACUUAGCUUCGCCUUUAUUGGUCAGGAUAAUAUAUCACAGGGUCGUUGUAGGCAGUCUUUCCUUUUCAGGGUGUAGUAUACUCCCCGGGUGUGCUGGGGGGAACCUCUGUCUAGAAAGGAAACAUGGGUUCCUUCACGGUGAGUAACUUUCGUUUUUGGAUAUAAUCAUGCCAAAGCAUACAGAAGUGCAGAACAUUCUCUUCAUAUUUAAAAUAAAGAGCCACCUAAGCUAAACUGUGUGUUCACAACCUUUCAUGCACAAAGACUGCACUGUGUCCAGUUGGAGUAGCAAUUUCUUAAAUUUUAACGCUGUAUUAAUGUUUUUGUUUUUGUCGCCAGAAUUUAGUUAAUUUAAGAAAAACCUGUUGGGGCUAGGGAGAGUAUCUGAUCUGUUUGAUUCAUAAUUGAACCAGACUUUGAGGUAGACUUCAGAUUUUUUUAUAAGUGUAUUUAGAAAAUUUGCAGCUCACAACAUCUGAAGGUAAAAAUAUUUGUCUUAUGUUCAAUUGUCCCCUUAAUAUUUAGGUGCAAAAAAAUAUUUGUGUGAAACAUUUUACAUUGUUAUAACCUGAACUGACUAUAAAAUCU